UGAUCUGACUCCUACCCAUCCCCUCCAGUAACACGGCCAGGGGCACCAUGGCUGCAGGGGUGGCUGCGUGGCUGCCCUUUGCCAGGGCAGCUGCCAUAGGAUGGAUGCCAGUGGCCAACUGUCCCAUGCCGUUGGCUCCGACAGAGAAGAACAAGAGGCAGGACGAGCUGAUCAUUCUCAACGUGAGCGGCAGGCGUUUCCAGACCUGGAGGACUACACUUGAGAGGUACCCGGACACUCUACUGGGCAGCACGGAGAAGGAGUUCUUCUUCAAUGAAGACACCAAGGAGUACUUCUUCGACCGGGACCCCGAGGUCUUCAGGUGCAUCUUAAAUUUUUAUAGAACUGGCAAGCUGCACUAUCCCAGGUACGAGUGCAUCUCUGCCUACGAUGAAGAGCUUGCCUUCUAUGGGAUCCUCCCUGAAAUCAUUGGGGACUGCUGCUACGAAGAGUACAAAGACAGAAAGAGGGAAAACGCAGAGCGGCUGAUGGACGACAACGACUCAGAAAACAACCAGGAAGGGUCCAUGCCAUCCCUGAGCUUCCGGCAGACCAUGUGGCGAGCCUUCGAGAACCCCCACACCAGCACCUUAGCCUUAGUCUUUUACUACGUCACCGGUUUCUUUAUUGCCGUCUCUGUGAUCACCAAUGUCGUGGAAACUGUCCCUUGCGGCACGGUGCCGGGGAACAAGGAGCUUCCAUGUGGGGAGAGAUACGCUGUGGCUUUCUUUUGCUUGGACACGGCUUGCGUGAUGAUUUUCACAGUCGAGUACCUGUUGAGACUCUUCGCGGCCCCAAGUCGCUACAGGUUCAUCAGAAGCGUGAUGAGCAUCAUUGACGUGGUGGCCAUCAUGCCAUACUACAUUGGUUUGGUGAUGACCAACAACGAGGAUGUCAGCGGAGCCUUUGUGACUCUAAGGGUUUUUAGGGUUUUCAGGAUUUUCAAGUUCUCUCGCCAUUCCCAAGGCUUACGAAUCUUGGGCUACACUUUGAAGAGCUGUGCCUCUGAGCUUGGCUUUCUCCUCUUUUCCCUCACUAUGGCAAUUAUCAUCUUUGCUACUGUGAUGUUUUAUGCAGAGAAAGGGUCCUCAGCAAGCAAAUUCACCAGUAUUCCUGCUUCCUUUUGGUACACUAUUGUAACCAUGACAACACUUGGCUACGGCGACAUGGUGCCCAAGACCAUUGCUGGGAAGAUCUUCGGCUCCAUCUGCUCGCUCAGCGGGGUGCUGGUCAUCGCUCUGCCCGUUCCUGUCAUCGUCUCCAAUUUCAGUCGCAUCUACCACCAGAACCAGCGUGCUGACAAGCGCCGGGCGCAGAAGAAAGCUCGGCUCGCGAGGAUCCGCGUGGCCAAGACAGGCAGCUCCAAUGCCUACCUGCACAGCAAACGCAACGGCCUGCUGAACGAAGCCCUCGAGCUGACGGGAUCCACUGAAGAUGAACAGCAUACGACUAAAGGCACCUCCUUAAUUGAAAGCCAACAUCACCACCUGCUGCACUGCCUGGAAAAAACAACUGGAUUGUCCUAUCUUGUGGAUGAUCCCCUGUUAUCUGUACGAACUUCCACCAUCAAGAACCACGAGUUCAUAGAUGAACAACUGUUCGAGCAGAACUGCAUGGAGAGCUCAAUGCAGAACUACCCAUCUUCUCGGAGCCCCUCCUUGUCAAGUCACCAUGGCCUGACCACCUCUUGCUGUUCUCGCCGUAACAAGAAGACCACGCACCUCCCCAACUCCAGUGUGCCAGCCACCCGCCUCCGCAGCAUGCAGGAGCUCAGCACCAUCCACAUCCAGUGCAGUGAGCAGCCCUCGCUUACAACCAGUCGUUCCAGUCUCAACAUGAAAUCAGAUGAUGGGCUGCGACCGAACUGCAAAGCCUCCCAGAUAACCACAGCCAUCAUCAGCAUCCCCACGCCGCCAGCGCUCACACCAGAAGGUGAGAGCAGACCUCCACCCAGCAGCCCUGGCCACUCCACGAACAUUUCUACCACCACCACAAGCAACAUAGUCAAGGUCUCUGCCUUGUAAGAUGUCUCAUGCACGGAAGGCGGCUGAAAGACCGGUGCCCCUCUCUCCCUCCACACCUCCAUGUUCCUUUCUUGCUGCAAAUUGUGCCUGGAUGGAUGAACCUGCUGGCUGGUCAUUGGGUUAACGACGGAGACCCAACGAGGCAGCUUUCUUCAGACUCAAGGACGUGCUGUGGGACUGAGGAUGGAUAAGGAGAGGGAGGAAGAGCCUUGUUAACAGUAAAACCCACAUGGAGAGUGCGCUGUGCUGUGGGACAGGGCAGAAAGCACCUGGGGAGGCUGAAGGGAAAGAACCGUCGUGGCAACAAGAGAGUAAUAA